GGCAAAAAUCGAAACAAUAUUUUUCGAAGAUCCUAAAUCGAGAAUGGCAAGGUACGCUUUCUUCUAAAAUGAUCUACACCGCAUGCCCAUCUUUUCCUUUUUUCAAGAUUUUUGUACUAGCAGAGUUUAGUCGAUCCUUUGUGCCCCUCUUGCAUUCGAUUUGUCCCUGAUCUUGAUUUUGCACCUUUGAUCAUUAAUCACACUGGCGACAUACCGAGAAAGAAAAGAGACAAAGUUCAUUAUCCUAAAAGAAUUCGAUGAAGCAAAGUCUCUCUUCAGAAGCGCCGUCUCUCUUCAACUGCAACUGAAAGAGGUACAUGAUAGGGAGAUUCUUUAGCCUAUCGAUCAGCAGAAAAGUUAUCAUCUUCCACAACUAAAACUAAGUAGGGUUCUUUUAUGAUCCAUCUGCAUUUUCUGCCCACCAGGCGGGGAAAUAGGGGAUUUUUUUUGUAAUUCAUCGUUGACCGUACGAACGUGUAGUUGCAUUCUGGUAUGAAUUGUUGAAAUCGUUUUCUUAUACCUUGCUCAGCAAUUGCUGAUGCUAAUUAAAGACAGAGGGCAAAGGCAUAGGUGUUUUCAAGUAGUCAGAGCUUGAUAAAUCAUAGUUGCAGAACUCACUGAAGACGACCGGGAAGAUUCAUUUAGUGGCAGAACUUCCGCCAGUUUAUAUGCAUUUGCAUGUUGCUUCUUUACCUUCACUUAUACAUAGCGUAGCUUUUUACAAUCAUGAUAUCCAAACAUAUCACGAGGUCAGGGCAGCACCCUAUCCUACUUAUUCUAAUUUAAGAUAACUCAACAAAAGUUGAAGGACAAAAUUGUUUUCGAAUUCACUCUUCUACUUCUAGAAGUAACAAAACGAGGAUGACAAUCGCACUCGCAGCGCCUCAAGCAGACUUAGAGUCUGUGCUUCUUGCGAUCGGCGGCGAGGAGAAGACUCGUAGUCAGCGCAAGAAGGAAAAGCUGAGACUCAAAAAGCAGAUGGAGCAGCAAGAGCUACUUAUGCAGAGACAGGGGACCACAAGGACGAUGGAGACACCAGCUACGGAUUCAUCAAGUACCUCAACUACCACAGCGAUUGUUUCAGCGCCAUCCGCGCCAUCGACGAAAUCGACUUCCGCUUGUUCAACAUCUAGUAGUAGUACUGCAACUUCUACUGGUCGUGCCACCUUUAAAAUGAAUAAUACUGGUGUAAACAUGAGCAUGAACAACAAGAUUGGAGGAAACGCCUGCACGAAAAUGGCACGGGCUCCAAGGACCAGCAUUACAGAGGAGGACUUGACAUCUUUGAUACCGGAUUUGAAGGCGCAAAAAUCCCAAAGAACUAGAGAAUGA